AUGUAUCUCUGUGAUGCCCCAAAUAGGCUAGCCGCUGUCUCCUUUUGUGACUUAGCGUUUCUCCUUGUCAUGCUUCCACAUGCCCUAUCAUCCUACGAUACUCUGGCCUUUAACGAUAAUUUUCGCUUUUUCUACUUGAAAAGUAAACAACAUAUUGCUGCCGUGGCUAAUUGGAUGAGUGCAGCAGCAAUUUGGCUCAUUUUAGCGGUUUCUGUCGAACGCUUUUUAAUAAUUCGAUCACCAUUACGAUCGAAACUAUAUUGGCAAAGAGGAAAGAUGGUGCUUGUAUUGAGCUCGAUCUUUUUUGCUACCGGCUUACUUACACUAUAUCAUCACUUUGAGUACGACUGCACAUUAAUGGAAUUUUGCAAUGGAAGCCAACUAAUUGAUUUUUGCUACUAUGCAGGCGAAAAACAUCCAAGAACAUUCCUCAAGAAAGAAUUGAUCCUUCCAAGCGAGGUAAAAAAGGUGUAUAUGCGGGUUAUGACUAUAUUUAAUGCUGUUUUGGUUGUCUUUGCGCCAAUUUUAUUUGUCAUUGUGUUAAAUAUGCUAAUGAUAAGGGAAUUACACUACUCUGAUACGUCAUUACUGGAAAGUUUUCGCGGUUCUAUCACAAGAAAUCAACAU